UCCUGGUCACAUUUUAUUCCAAGCGUCGGUUCUCUUAACAGUAAUAGUUUGUAUUGUAUCGGAGUGUUUGGUUUGGCUCGUACAAUGCCUUGGUGGGAUUUGGGAUCGCUUUCUCGUCUUAAAAACUUCAGUGGCCUCUUUCAGGAUGUGUCAAGCAAGAAGCCGGAGAUUUCUGCUGUUAAUAGUGAUUCAUUUACACCCAUUGACCUUCCAUUGAUAGGACACAGGGAGGAUGAGAAUAAAAUGCAGGAAGUUCAGCUUGGUUCGCAUACUGUAAGGUCCCAUGGGAUGACAGUUGCAAGGACACACAUGCAUGAUUGGGUGAUACUAAUGCUUCUUGGGUUGAUAGUUGUCAUCCUGAAUGUGAUUCAUCCCUUUUAUCGCUUUGUGGGAAAAGAUAUGAUGACUGAUCUUAAAUAUCCCUUGAAAAGUAACACCGUGCCUGUUUGGGCCGUUCCUAUUUAUGCAGUUGCACUGCCCAUAGCAAUUUUUGUUGUUGUCUAUUUUCGUAGGAGAGAUGUCUAUGACCUUCACCAUGCCAUACUAGGUCUCUUAUUCUCUGUUCUGAUAACUGCGGUUAUUACAGAUGCUAUAAAAGAUGCAGUUGGUCGACCCCGGCCAGACUUCUUUUGGCGUUGUUUUCCAGAUGGAAAGGAUGUGUACGAUCAAUUGGGAAAUGUUGUAUGCCAUGGUAAGAAGAGUGUCAUAAAGGAGGGGCACAAGAGUUUUCCAAGUGGCCAUACUUCAUUUUCCUUUGCUGGUCUAGGAUUUCUCUCACUGUAUUUGUCGGGUAAAAUAAAAGUAUUUGAUCGCAAAGGCCAUGUUGCAAAGCUGUGCAUUGUAUUUCUUCCUCUACUUUUUGCAUCACUAGUCGGCAUUUCUCGUGUAGAUGACUACUGGCACCACUGGCAGGACGUGUUUGCUGGAGGUCUCCUAGGAUUUAUAGUUGCUACAUUUUGCUAUCUGCAGUUCUUUCCACCCCCAUAUCAUGCUCAAGGUUGGGGCCCUUAUGCUUACUUCCAGGUGUUGGAGGAGUCACGUUCGGUGACACAAGCAGGGGUUGAGAAUCAAGAAGACGAAACUAGCAUCCAUGGAUGCAUGGGGUUAUCAUUAGCACAUAAUUCUGGUUCAGCAUUGGAAGAACUGGAAUCUGGGAGGAGAUAGUUUUGCACACGAAGGUUACUUUAAAGUUUGGAGCUCUCGGGGAUCGACUCCUGGCUGUGUACAUUUUGUAGAGCAAUGCCACGACCUAAAUUGAUAGGAACUGUACCUUCUCUUCCAAGCUUGGCCUCAGGAAUUUUUGAAGGACUCUGUUUAUAUUCAUACUUAAUAUGAUUGUUGGUAUAUAAAUUUUCUGCUAGUAUUUUAUUUA